AUGUCGUCUCCCCAAAUUCCUACUGAGCAAUGGGCUCAAGUCGUCGAGAAGACCGGACAACCUGUUGUCUACAAGAAGAUUCCCGUCCAAAAGCCCGGUCCAGAUGAGGUUCUCAUCAACAUUAAGUACUCCGGUGUCUGCCACACUGACUUGCACGCCGUCAACGGUGACUGGCCAUUGGCUACCAAGCUACCCCUUGUCGGCGGCCAUGAGGGUGCAGGUGUCGUUGUUGCUCGCGGUGAGCUCGUCAACGAUGUCGAAAUCGGUGAUCAUGCUGGCGUAAAGUGGAUCAAUGGUUCAUGUUUGGCCUGUGACUUCUGUCAAAGAUCAGACGAACCCCUCUGUGCCAAAGCACUCCUUUCUGGCUACACUGUCGAUGGUACCUUCCAACAAUACUGUAUUGCAAAGGCAGCACACAUUGCUCGCAUUCCUAAGGAAUGUGACCUCGAGGCUAUUGCACCAGUCCUCUGCGCAGGUAUCACAGUUUACAAGGGAUUGAAGGAGUCAGGAGCCAGGCCAGGCCAAACUGUCGCUAUUGUAGGUGCUGGUGGUGGACUUGGAUCUCUGGCUUGCCAAUACGCCAAAGCAAUGGGCCUCAAUAUCAUUGCCAUCGAUGGUGGAGAUGAGAAGAGAGAGAUGACUGCUAAGUUGGGCGCUUCAUCGUUCGUUGAUUUCAUGACCAGCAAAAAUGUGGUCGGAGAUGUGAAGGCCGCUACUUCUGAUGGUCUUGGACCCCACGCUGUUAUCUUGGUCGCUGUCAACGAGAAGCCAUUCCAACAGGCUGCUGAAUACGUCCGACCUCGCGGUACCGUCAUCGCCAUCGGCCUGCCAGCUGGUGCUUAUCUUCGUGCACCUGUCUUCGAGUCCGUCAUCAAGAUGAUCACCAUCAAGGGCUCUUACGUUGGCAACAGAGCUGACAGUGCUGAAGCCAUUGACUUCUUCAGAAGGGGCUUAAUUAAGGCUCCAUACAAGUCAAUUGGCCUGAGCGAGUUGCAAAAGGUUUACGAUCUCAUGCACGAAGGCAAGAUUGCUGGCAGAUACGUUGUUGACACUUCUAAGUAA